GACUUUGUACCCAGUGCUGGAAGAUCAUCAGUAUGCGGUUGAAUUUGUAGCAUUCUGUUGCACAUGCAAUCAUGGAGAAGUCCACUUUAGAGAAAAAGGGUUAAUAUACACACGAAUACGAUCUGUGAUUAUAUAAUAGUGAGUGGUUUACAGCUGGUGCUCGGUUUUAUGAAUGCAUGCUCAUGAGAAAUUCUCAUUCAGAAUGUCCAGUUGUGAAUUAAGCUGUUGACAUUCUGGUUUGAGUUAUUUUAUUCUUCUACCAGUUCUACCUUUGCACCGGAGACCAUUUUUUAAUAUUUGACAUGUUCCUCAAAGGAAUACUCGGCAUAGGGGAUGUUAAGCAGCGUUUCCUUCAAGACCAGUUGGGCCUGUUGAAACAUAUCGUGAAAUUGUUUGUGGUCCGGUAUCCGUUUCAGAAUCUAUCAUCUUUUGGUCAAUGGCGACCUGUCGACCGGUUUCCACCCGGACGGCGAGCAAUGUUCGAAACUAUUAUAACCGGCGUUGGAGGUCUUUGUGGACACAAUAAUGCUUUUCUCAUGUACCAACUGGAAGCCCUCGGGUACAAGACUCGGUUCUAUCAAGGAGAAUUUGUUCGGACUGGAAUUCCACAUUCGCACUGUACAUUUACAGUCACCAUACCGGAACGCGUCGCCAAAGGGAAGACUUAUGCCGAUCGUCCAAAAGGAGAUCGAACAUACUUAAUUGACGCUGGGAUUGGAAUACCUCUCCAUGAACCUGUCCCCCUCGAUGAAUUGCCCUUCACCCGUCGUGGGGGCGGAUUUAAUUUCCGAUACGAGUGGAAAAAUCAACCAGAUAAGUCCGUCAAAAUCUUACAACGUCUCAACCUUGGCGGAGAUGCGCUAAUCGGACAAAAGAGUGAGGACUUCAUCUCUCCGCAAAACUAUAUCGUCACGAUGUCAACCCCCAAGUCAUUUAAGGAUUCGAAAGAGCCCAUCGCAGCCGUGUAUACGAACCCCCACUCAGUCUUUCUCCACCAGGGAAUCUAUGCUUUCCGCUACUUGUCAAUCAACGAGGACGAUGAUGACUACAAAGCCGUGUGUAUCAGGGGGAAGGAGCUUAUUCGUAUCACGAAGGAGACCAGAAGCGUUGAGAAGUUUGCAUCCUACGCAGACAUGGAACCGAUUUUGAAGGAAUAUUUUCCCAUGAUUCCAUCCCAACACGUUAAGGCCAGCAUAGCCCAUUAUGAUAUGCCGUUCGAGGACGCCCUUAAACUGCCCAGUGUGCGAGAACGCUUAUACAACUACUGAAGAGAGAGGGAAGGGUGCUUAGAGAGUAUUUUAGUAUUUUUACAUUAAUACAUAUGGACUCGAGGGAAUAAAUCAAGUACCUGUCAGAUAAAUGCUCAACAUUCUCAACUAUGUAUCUCACCUUUUCGUCUUCUUUUCAUAAUAGAAAUCCGUUAAUCCGUCCCAUGUAAAAAUAUCGUGAAAUGAAAAGUUCUACACCUUAAAAAGUGAAUGCAUCGAAAUGUGCGACUGCCAAUCAGGACACAGCGCAGGUUGAGGCAUCACAUUAUCAAAUAGUUUCCUCCUCUUGGUAAACCUACAGAGAUUACUGCUAUGGAUUUCUCAAAAGUGAUUUUCGUCUCAAUCCUCGUACUCGUCCUCCUCCAAGUUUCGCUGGCCAAGUACUUGAUCCCUUUCCGAAGUACGGAGUCGCCUCCACUCCCAUCGAGACGAGAGUGUGGUCCGGACGAGUCGCAACCCUGGUUUCUGCCGGACGUGGACGACUGCACGGCCUACUUUGCCUGCAACGGUCACUUCUACGUUCAUCGAGAAUGUCCGGAUGGCUUACAUUUCAUCAUUAAGGAUGGAACUUGCGACCAUCCAGGAAAAGCGGUUGGGUGUGGAAGAAGGUGACGACAGAAAAUAGCAAUUCCAUCAAAAAGUAUUUAAAUUCCCACAACUCGGAGACUCUAUAAUAUUUAAUCUGAAAAAUAAAACAAGCUGUACAAAAUCCACAUAAGUAAA